AUGAAGGUCGUCGCUGUUCUGUCCCUCGUCUCGGUCGCCCUGGCCAGCGUCAUGGAGAAGCGUGCCUGCGCCGGCAACAACUGCAACCGUGCCAUCACCGGUACCCGUAACGGCCUCCCUCCCGUCUCUCUCCGGUCCGCCGACUGCUCCAGCUUCAUGCUGACCACCGUCACCCCGGCUCCUACCACCGUCACCGUCACUGUUGACGGCGAGGCCUCGGCCACCCCUGCCAAGCGUGCCGAGUUCCUCGAGUACCGCCAGGCCACCAACUCGCCCAGCGCCAUGCCCGCCUACGCCACCCACUGCUCGUCUGCUGCGGCCUACGCCUCGGCCUGCAACUGCUGGGGCAUCACCCCCUCGGUCACCACUGCUCCCACUCCCACCGUCACCGUCACCACCACCGUCGACUACUGCGACGACCUGUAA